AUGGAGAUUCCGAGUAUGAGAGUAGAGUCGGCGACUGCCAUGCGAGCGUUCGUGGAUGAAUCGCAGCGUAUUGUUCGGGCUUUGGAAAACUUACAAUUGCCAGUCAGGCACUGGGACGUGUGGCUAGUAUUUUUGCUGGCUGAUCGGUUGGAUGCGGAGUCACGAAAAUUGUGGGAGGCCGAGCUCAGCGCUAGAGAUUUGGAGGAUAGCGCAGACGGGAGCCCUGACGGGCCGGAUGCCCUUAAUUCUCAGCCGAAGUAUUCUGAUUUAGUUCGAUUUUUGGAAAAGAGAGCCCAGGCUCUUGGCAUGAUUUCGACGGAUAGAAAGGCGGAAAAGAGACCGGUGUCUGGCUCGGCACCGGCACAGGCUCGGAAAGUUUUUCACGCGGGCGCGACUCAGCAAUCUGCUUCUUCGAGGUGCCUCUUGUGCUCGGGAGCGCACCCACUGUGGAAGUGCACUAAAAUGAAGGAGAAGGCUCCGCAUGACCGAUACUCGACGGCGCGUCGGCUACAGGCCUGCUUUAAUUGCCUCGGGUCGCAUAAGGCUAACGCGUGCCCUUCUUCGGGGCGUUGUACCAGUUGCGGAGGCAAGCACCACUCGAUGCUUCACCUCAAGCCUCUAGGAAAAUCUGAACGGCAGAACUCGAGUGGUUCACAGCAGCAGGGAUCGGGCGGCGGUCAGGGCGUGGGGUCCAGGGUCGGCGCGGCUGCUGUAGCGUUGCAUGCGUCCGCGAUUGCGACGUUGAGUCGCGGAGUCCUUUUGGCUACUGCUCGAGUGACGGUGGUGGGUCCAGCUGGAGAUAGCACCGUCGUUUGCGCCCUUUUGGAUCAGGGCUCCGAGGCGUCCUUCGUAUCAGAGUCGGUCGUGCAGUUGUUAGGCCUUUCGAAGGAGCGUGUUUGUGUCGCUUUGAGCGGCCUGGGCACCAGUUCGGUGGGUAUUGCGCGUGCGACCACGGAACUUGUUUUGAAAUCAUCGACCGAUGAGGGCUUCGCGAUUCGGACAAGCGCGUUUGUCCUCCCUCGUCUCACUACGCAGCUCCCGGCAAAGAAUAUCACUGAUUUAGACUUGAGACGCUUCACCGGGUUUAAGCUCGCUGAUCCGGAAUUUUUCAUUUCAAAGAAAAUCGACCUCAUUCUGGGUGCCGAUGUUUAUGGGCAGUUGCUCCGACCGGGCUUGGAAAGAUUGGUUCCUUCACGGAUCGUCAUGCAAAAUACGGCAUUUGGAUGGAUUGUCUCGGGUGGGUUGCAUGAGGAGCGCUCACGGCGGGCGGAGCAAGCUGACUCUCGAGUGUAUGUACAGGCGCUGCACUGCGCUGCGUCGGAUGAGUUGGAACGGUCACUAAAGCGAUUUUGGGAGCUCGAGGACUUACCGGUGACGCAGGUUAAAAUGAAGCUCGAGGACGAGGCUUGCGAGAAAAUAUUCAAAGAGACGCAUGGGCGCGACGCGGAUGGAAGAUAUGUCGUGCGGCUGCCAUGGAAGGCAGAUUUACCGUCUGGAGCGGCUGAAACAAGGCGGAUGGCCGUUGGCUCCCUUUCUUCCAUGUACCGUCGGUUUGCGCGCGAUCCCCAAUUGGCGCAUAGUUAUCAACAAUUCAUGACGGAUUAUGAGCGACUGGGCCAUAUGACACGGGUUCCGGACUCUGAGGUGCGCGAGGAUAAAGCGUGGUAUUUGCCUCACCAUGCCGUGGUGCAGUCAACGACGGCUGAUUGGAAGCUGAGGGUAGUCUUCGACGCAUCGCGGCGAACUCGGGAUGGCCUUUGCCUUAACGGAUUUCUGCACACGGGUGCUCCACUCCAACGAGACCUCUCGCUAGUUUUACUCAAUUGGCGGCGUUAUUUGUACGUGUUUACCGCGGAUAUAGUUAAAAUGUUUCGACAGAUCCGCGUGAAGCCGGAGGACCAGGAUCGACAGAGAAUUGUGUGGGCGCCUAACCCGGACUCUGUCCCACGAGAUUACCGCUUAACUACGGUCACGUACGGCACGGCAUGCGCGCCCUUUUUGGCGAUACGAACUCUGUUAAAAUUGACCGAGGAUGAGGGCUCGCGGUUUCCGCUGGGAGCGGCAUGUCUCAGCACUGAAACAUACGUCGACGACACGUUCGCCGGGGCCGAUGAACUGCCGGACGCGCUGCAAAAAAGAAACGAGCUCGUUAAGCUGCUGGGUUGUGGCGGGAUAUCACUAGAUAAAUGGGCCGCAAAUCACCCAGAGCUUAUCCCUCCUCGACUAGCGCAGGAGGACGUAAAACAAAUCGACGAGGACCAGUUAGUAAAAACACUCGGCGUGCAUUGGAGUCCGGCUCACGAUCAAUUUAGAUUUAGCUGUAGAGACGUCGCAGAAUUGUCAGCUGCCUCCACGAAGCGGACGGUUCUCUCAAACAUUGCUCGACUAUUCGAUCCGCUUGGCUGGCUGUCCCCGGUGACAGUAGGAGCGAAAAUCUUAAUGCAGGAUCUGUGGAUUCAAAAAUGCGAUUGGGAUUCCCCUCUACCGGCAGAGAUUCGCGAGCGUUGGUACGAAUACUGCAAGUCAUUGGCCAAUCUGCCGUCGCUGGCAGUCGGCGGAUGGUUGGGCGUUGCAAGUAAUUGCUCAUUACAAAUUCACGGAUUCUCUGACGCGUCAUCGCGGGCCUUCGCGGCCGCCGUAUAUCUGCGCGUGGAUGGAGGGGACCGACAUAUUAAGGUGUCACUGUUAGCCGCAAAGACGAAGGUCGCUCCGGUAAAGACCGUCAGUAUACCAAACUUAGAGCUUUGCGGCACCGCUCUGCUUGUUAGGUUGAUUGGCCACUUGAUGAAACUGGACUUUCUUAAAACAGCUCCGGUCUUCGCUUGGUCCGACAGCCAGAUUGUGCUUAUGUGGCUGCGCAGGCACCCCUGUUCUUGGAAAACCUUUGUUGCAAAUAGGGUGUCGUUCAUCCAGACGGAGUUGCCCUCUGCAACUUGGAGGCACGUGCCGACAAAGGAAAAUCCGGCUGACUUGGCGACACGAGGAGCCGAUCCUAUAGAGUUGGCGGAGAAUGGGCAGUGGUGGCACGGGCCUCGAUGGCUCGCUNAUACAGAGAUGUACUUGUAA